AUGGUCUCCGUGGGUACCAGUCACUCGCCUGCAAAACCUCACGGACCUCCUGUCACGUUGACGCGAGUCGCACGCGCCGCUUCGGCCCCAUCACCGGUCUCGUCAUGGUCAACCAAAGCCCUGGCCUACGUCCGACUGCUCUCUCCCGCGCCGUCCAUCACCUCAAAACACCUCGACUCGCCCUCGGAACGUAUCAAGCAACUCCGCCAAUUGAUCCUGCUCGAAUCCUUGCCCGCCGGCGAAGAGGGCGCAAGACUGAGACCGUUGGUUUGGAAGCUGUUGCUCAGCUUGAACGAGCUACCGCCGCACGAUGAACAUCACUACGACACGCUGUUCCGGGAUGACGAUAUUCAUCCCUUGCUUGAUGUCAAGACCUACUACUCGCUCGUGUGAGUUUCAAUCUUGCCUCGGCCCGCCCCUUUCUAUGGGCAAGAUAGGAGAUCACUCUCGUUCGGCCCAGCACUCAUCUUGAAACCCGAGUCCUCCCCCACCCACCGCAGCUCUAGAGAUCCCAGUCCCAUGUUUUCCAAGAUUCGCAACGACACCUUCCGGACCCUGGCUACCGACCUGGAGUUCAAGGAUCGAGUCGGCGAAGAUCGUCUCGUCAGGUUGUUGGAAGCCUUUGUCUGGAGGCAACUCGGUAAGUCUUACGCUUAGGCGUAGGUCAAAUACUAGGGGCCAUGGCUGGGCUGAAGUUCUAUCUUUUUGCGAUACAGACGCGACUGCAGAACAAGACGAUCGUCUUGGUCCUCUUUCAGCAUCAUCCUCGAUCGACCCAAGGACCCCCUAUGUCCAGGUCGGUCCUCUCUCCGGACCCUGAACUUUUGCCUCUCGAGGCUGAUCACCGCUUACCCCAACCCAGGGCAUGAACGUCCUUGCCGCUCCAUUCCUCUACGUCCUCCCAACGCAAAUCGAAGCAUUCGCUUGCUUCUCGAUCUUCAUCGAACACCAUGCACCGCGCUACGUCCGACCGACUUUGGACGGCGUGCACGCGGGUUUGCACGUAUGUCUUACCGAAGGUACUAACUGCUUGAGUUCCUGGUUCAGACCGCUGAUCCUCUCCCCUCCUUUCCUCUGCAGCUCGUCGACCUCUGCCUCGCCGCGCUCGAUGAACCGCUCCACGCCCACCUCCUCUCACACCGUCUCACAGCCGAGCUCUACGCCUUCCCUUCCCUCCUCACCUUCUGCGCCUCGACACCGCCUUUGCAUGAAGUGCUCGAGUUGUGGGACUUCCUGCUGAGUUGGGGCGUUGGUUUGAAUGUCGUUUGUGUGGUCGCUCAGUUGUGGUUGAUGAGGGAUGGGUUGCUUGUGUCGAAUUCGUGAGUCGUCAAAAAGAAACUUCCCGACUGGCUCAGGAAAGUAAAUCUACCCACCCUCUCAUCCUUCCCCCUUUAGUCCAAUGAAACUCCUCCGCACCCUCCCACCUUUACGAUCAAAGGACAUCAUCCCUUUGGUCGUCCAGUUCAUCGGCGAGUUGGAUCAGGAGUUGUACACGUCGGUGAUGCGACAUCCUUGGGAUGAUGGGUUGAGGUUCUGA